CGGGCCUUUGCCCCCGCGGAUUUUGGUUCUUCGCUGUUUCCCUUUGGGGAAGCCAAAGAAACGGUGCCCCUCGCGGUUUCUGCGUUUCCCCCGCGUUGCCAGCAGCCACUCGCGCCGCGCCCCUAGUCCAGAGCCGCCCCUCCCAAGGGCGAUAACCCCGAGGGCAACGGCCGCGGGCGGCGCUGCGGUGGCAAUGGCGGCGCCCCCUGCACCAGCCGCCGAGGGGUCCCCGCAGCCGGAGCCGCACGCCCCAGAGCCCGGCCCGGGGAGCGCCAAGCGAGGGCGAGAGGACAGCAGAGCCGGUCGCCUCUCAUUCUGUACGAAGGUGUGCUAUGGCAUUGGUGGGGUCCCCAACCAGAUAGCCUCCAGCGCCACAGCCUUUUACCUGCAGCUUUUCCUGCUUGAUAUAGCACAGAUCCCUGCCGCCCAGGUGUCACUUGUUCUGUUUGGGGGAAAAGUGUCUGGGGCGGCUGCUGACCCUGUGGCUGGGUUCUUCAUCAACAGGAGCCAAAGGACAGGGUCUGGACGGCUCAUGCCUUGGGUGCUGGGCUGCACCCCCUUCAUCGCCCUGGCCUACUUCUUCCUGUGGUUCCUGCCCCCCUUCACCAGCCUGCGAGGCCUCUGGUACACGACUUUCUACUGCCUGUUCCAGGCCCUGGCCACGUUCUUCCAGGUGCCCUACACAGCGCUCACCAUGCUGCUGACUCCCUGCCCAAGGGAGCGGGACUCGGCCACCGCCUACCGUGAGUGCAGCCGUGGGUUUCAGGUUCCAGGGAGGCAACUGCCCCUGGGACCCCACUCCCUCUCAGUCACCUUAAGUGGCACUCUGUCUCCAGGGAUGACUGCGGAGAUGGCGGGAACACUGAUGGGGGCCACUGUUCACGGGCUCAUCGUGUCCGGCGCCCACAGACCCCACAGGUGCGAGGCCACUGCGACCCCGGGGCCAGUCACUGUCUCCCCGAAUGCAGCCCGUCUCUACUGCAUUGCGGCUGCCGUGGUUGUAGUGACUUACCCCGUGUGCAUCAGUUUACUGUGCCUAGGGGUGAAGGAGCGGCCAGACCCCUCUGCCCCAGCCUCAGGCCCAGGCUUGAGUUUCCUGGCUGGGCUGAGCCUCACUACCCGGCACCCACCCUACCUGAAGCUGGUGAUCUCCUUCCUGUUCAUCUCUGCUGCUGUUCAGGUGGAGCAGAGCUACCUGGUCCUGUUCUGUACACAUGCCUCCCAGCUACACGACCACGUCCAGGGCCUGGUGCUAACUAUCCUGGUCUCAGCCGUGCUGAGCACCCCGCUGUGGGAGUGGGUUCUCCAGCGCUUUGGGAAGAAGACGUCAGCCUUUGGGAUCUUUGCGAUGGUGCCCUUUGCGAUCUUGCUGGCUGCUGUGCCCACAGCACCUGUGGCAUAUGUCGUGGCCUUUGUAUCUGGCGUGAGCAUUGCUGUGUCCUUGCUGCUACCCUGGUCCAUGCUGCCAGACGUGGUGGAUGACUUUCAGCUGCAGCACUGUCACGGGCCAGGCCUGGAGACCAUCUUCUACUCCUCCUACGUCUUCUUCACCAAGCUGUCUGGCGCAUGUGCCCUGGGCAUCUCCACCCUCAGUCUGGAGUUCUCGGGGUAUAAGGCAGGGGUCUGCAAGCAAGCAGAGGAGGUGGUGGUCACCCUCAAGGUCCUCAUUGGCGCCGUGCCCACCUGCAUGAUCCUUGCUGGGCUCUGCAUCCUCAUGGUCGGCUCCACUCCAAAGACACCCAGUCGGGACGCCUCCAGCCGGCUGAGCCUUCGGAGGAGGACCAGCUACAGCCUGGCCUAAAGCUUAGGAGGGCGACUGUGAAUGGACACAGGAGCCAGCACCCUCAGGGCCUGACAUCGCCCUCCUCAGCCCUUCAGCACCUGGUCUGGCAGUUUAGCAUGUGGCCUUUUUCCCUGGGAUGUGGAGUCUUCGGCAAUGUGUCCUGAAGGGACUGGCCUGCACGCCAGGACCCCACUUGGCAUUUCUUGUCUGUUGCCUUCAGACUAUCUCAGAUAGGCCUGUGCCUCUGACUAGCCCAGUAGCACUUGUCUCUAGAAAAAGGAAGCUCCUGCCCAACCUGGCUUGUGGACCAGUAAUAUCUGUGGCCUACCACCCAUUCAAGAAAACGUUACAGCCGGCUCACUGCAAAAUCCGCCUCCCGGGUUCACACCAUUCUCCUGCCUCAGCCUCCCAAGCAGCUGGGACUACAGGUGCCCGCCACCACGCCCGGCUAAUUUUUGUAUUUUUAGUAGAGACGGGGUUUCACCGUGUUAGCCAGAAUGGUUUCGAUCUCCUGACCUCGUGAUCCGCCCCGCCUCAGCCUCCCAAGGGCAUGAGCCACCGUACCCGGUCUGCCCAGGCUGGUCUUAAACUCCUGGCCUCAGGUGAUCCUACUGCCUCAGCCUCCUGAGUAGCUGGGAUUACAGACACAAGCCCCCGUUCCCAGCUCUAGCAUUUCUUAAGGACAAAAUUGGUGUGUAAGUAACAGGAAAUUCACAUUAUGCUGUACUCAUUCUCUAAUAUCACAGCCAUGUUAGAACAAAUUUGGGUUUUCAAAACAAGCGUAACUGAACAGAGUAUAUAUGUGUAUGUAUAUAAAUAUAUAGAAAUCCUAAAUGGUCCCUGUGACAAAAGAAAUACACAUUUGGUCUCUGCCCCAGGUUCCUGGCACAGAGCUUCUAAAAUGCUAGUAACUUCCUGAGUGGUAGGGGUGAGGGGAACAUCUUUUGUUAUACAUAAGAAGCCCUUUUCAAACAGAUCUGAGUUUAUGCUAAUGAUGUGACUGGCAGAGGAUGGGGGCUGGUUGCCAGAGAAACCAACCAUGUGAUUAGAAGGUUGAAACUUUCAGCCUUAUCUUCCUACCGGGAGGGGACAGGGGCUGAAGACUGAGCUCAUCAUCAAUGAUUUAAUCAAUCGUGCCCAUGUAAUGGAGCCUCCACUUCCAAACGAAGGGGUUCAGAGAGCUUCUAGGUUGGUGAACACAUCCAUGUACCAGGAGGUCUACCCCACUCCACGGGGACAGAAACUCUUGUGUAGGGGACCCUUUUAGAUUUCAUUCUAUAUACCCCUUCAUCUGGCUGUUCAUUUUAUAAUCAACCAAUAAAUGUUAAGUAAAGUGUU